UUAGGGCUGGAGAUGUAAACUAAUAUCUGGAUCUGUGACUCUGGUUGUAUUUCUUUGUAUGAUAUCCCUGUAUUAAUUAGGUGUCAAACAUUGGCACAAUUGCAUAGAUAUAUAAUUCACAGGUGAAAAUUGCUUGCAGCUAGAGCGAGUACAUAUAAUUAGCUGUCUGUACAUAAGAAGUAAUCAGCUUCCAUGCGCUCUUUUGCCACCCAGAAUGCACAUACUCCCAGAUCAAUCCCCCAUUUUACACUAAGUUCAGUGUUACAUUUCAGUGUGCUCCUAGUUACCACAAGUCUUCACUAGCUUUUACAACACUGAUUAAUUGUCUGUUUCCUAUACCUCGACUCUGCCAACUGAUGGCUAAAAUUUGUACAUAAUGCUAACAUAAACUGUGGCUUAGCACAAAUGGGCAAAUGUGUGGAUCCAGGGGAUUGUGACCACUGCCCUUUUCCCCUGGCCCUGCUGCCACUGUGCUACCCAGGACUAAGCCAUAGUUUGGCUUAGCCUUGGAUUUGAACCCAGGCUCAUGGUCUGUCUCCUCCAGAUGAACCAUGAGUGGUAAACCAAGAACAAAUAUUGGUUACAGCUUGUAGUUUGUCUGUGUUGACAUUUAAUUUAAUUUACAUUACAAAAUAAUAAUAAAUUCCCUGAGUAAUCACAAAUAACUAGGGGGGAAUUCAACUUCGCACUGUUACAAAUGUUCCAUCUGUGCAAGCUUCCCAGAUGGAAUGAUCCCUUGUGUGCUGUUUUGGGGGAUUCUCCCAACCCCUUGAGCAAAUUAUAGAUGUUGCAUGUGUGGGAGGGGAAAGCCCUGUUGUGGAAGCCUUCCUCUAAUGGGGUUUGGUAGGUGUAUUCCUCCCUAGGUUGUGUGGCUUGUUCUUGUACAAAAAGUGUUUUAGGAAUACAAGAGCUUGCUAACUUACUAACUACAUUACUAAAUGUGUACAUUGAGGAGGGGGGAAGAGAAAAUGGAAUUCACACAAUACUAAAACAUCAAGCAUGUUUUGAUUUUUUUUUACAAGUUUUUAAUGUUUGAUGCUGUAUUGUUUUUAAUAUUUGGUUGGAAGCUGCCCAGAGUGGCUGGGGAAACACAGCCAGAUGGGCGGGGUAUAAAUAAAAAAUUAUUAUUAUUAUUAUUAUUAUUACUAUUACUAUUAUUAAUAAAAUUAAAUCCCCAAGCGGUUUGUUUGUCUCUGACUGCUGUAUUCCCUGUUAUGUGAUUUGUAUGUAGCUAAGUCACUUUCCCCCCUAUAUUAUGCUACUUUAUUGUUCCACUGUUGUGAAUGCCUGCUAUAACAUGGAUAGGAUUUAUCAUUGUAUAGUUUGUGCAAGUAGGGCAUUCUCUGGCAUGAAAAGUGUAACAAUGGAAACAGGCAAACCCAAAAAGAGCUUGGCUGGAUUAGAUGAAAGGUCUGUCAAGUUCAGCAUCCUGUUUCUCACAUAAACCAAAGAGGUGCCUUUGAGGAGAUUAUAAGUAGGCUAUUUCUACUCCCACUUUUUCUCCCCAACACCUAGUAAUGUGGUAUACUGCUUCCAGACAUGGAGGCUUCAUAUAGCCAUCAUAACUAAUAGGCAUUGUUAGACUAAUUGAUGGAAGGUCUAAUCCCAUUUUUAAAGCCAUCACAGCUAAUGGUCAUCUUGUGGCACCACAUGCCAUUAAUAAAUAAAUAGCUUUUAUAAGGAAAAACACAACCUUUAGUGUUUAAUGACUCCAACUACAGAAGCAAUCAAAGUGCUAUUUGAGAGUUAAUGUGAUUUGGUUACCUUUUUUGGCCAACAUUUAUUCAUUAGUUGGGCUGAUAGAAAUUGCUUUCUUAGGGCUUAUCCACACUGUAAUGUUCUUCUGAGAAACGAAAAUGGUUUUAGUCUGUGGGUAUAACUCAUAGACUAAUUGCUUUCCUGAGUGGUUUCCUUUUUAUGGUGCUAAAUGAUGUAUUUGCAAAAAGCAGGUAUGAUUCCUGGAUGGCUGUUUGAGAAAGCACCGCAGCAGCCUGAAGGGUGGGUGCAGGAGGUAGGAUGGUUGGAGAGGCAGAAAGCAGCACCUUUUGGGGAGUGUGAUGACUGAAUUUUGAGAGGGUUUUUGCUUUUGCUGUUGCUGGCAUUGAGCUCUGUGUGCCAAGAAGAUAUCAUCGUCAGCCACAUGUGGCUGAAUUGGGUGAAUCUGUCUCUUUAUCCAGCCGUUCUUCAGCGGGUGAAGUUUCAGCUCUUCAUUUAUUAUUCAUUUAUUUAUUAAAUUUGCAGACUGCCCUUCAUCCACAGAUCUCAGGGCAGUUCACCUGAAUGCUGUAGUGACAGAUUUUGCUCCCCAGAAAGGGCCUCUGCUUCCUCCCCAGUCACUACUGCAGCUGAAGAGUUCUUAAAACACUCACCACCUUAAACUGGUAUAGCACUGCAAAUUUGUUACCAUAAGAAUGCCAAAAUAGUUUUGAUUGGUUUAUGUUUGUGUGCAUGUAUAAAAGGCAGUAGGUACACUUUGAUGAAGUAUUCAUAUUUUGGCCAUGGUUUAGAUUGCAAACUGGCAGCCGAGCUAGAUGAUAUUAGAAAUGCAUGUUCUCCUUUAAUGUGGCCUGCUUUUAAAAAAUAAAUGGUGUGUGUGUGUGUGUGUGUGUCUGUCUGUCUCUCUGUGAACCCUCCACUGCUAUUUGCCCUGAGAGAGAAACUGCCAUUGGUGACAGUGGCAAUUUUUAAGCAUUGCAGCUCCAGUCCUGAUGAGCGUCUUAAUGUUUGCUAUCCACCCCCCCCCCAAAAAAAACCCGACAUGUGAAGUGGGACCAUGCAUUUCUCAUUUUGUCUAGUUUUACCCAGAACAGUAUACAGUUGGCAGCAGUAUACUAACUAAUGGACUUUCUGUGCUUGGGCCCUUUACAGACAUUUUCAUUACAGUAUAUGAUUCCUCCCCCCCCCCAAUUAUAUGUGGAACAAACAUGCAUUUAUUUAAUUUUACAUGAUCUCUGUUUUGAUUUUGGCAACUGGAGAAUGUAUAAAGCAGUUUAUUCCAGUGUUUCCGCAGUGUUCCUAAGCUAUAUGGUUAUGUAAAACACUUAAGUAUAAGAAGCUAUUUGCAAUUAUUUUAAUCUCAUUUAUGCUUACGAUAAUUCUGUGAAGUUGGCUAAAGCUGCAAGAUGAUGUCUUGCCCAGGGUCACCCAAUUAGCUUUAAGAUUAAACAGGAAUUUCAAUGUGCUUUUGAGUCUCCAAAAUUGACAUUCAGUUCAGUUUGCUGUGCUAUAUUGUUCCUAGCUUCUUUGAAUAACUUAUAUGAUGUCCGUUCUUGUUUGGGUUUUACAAGUUUGUCUUAAUUAAUGCUGUUGUUUUGUACUUCCUCUGGUUUGCAGCUAAAUAUAUCAAUCAAGAUGUUAAGAUUACGUAUUCCCAUAAAAUGUGUAUUAUAAAAGAAAUAUUUCUGUUCUAGGCCUUAGAGACUAAUCAAAACCAGAAAUCUAACUUGGGAGCCAAACUAAUAAUCUAGAGAAAUGUGUGACUGCAUUUUCAUCUUUUUGAAUUUGAUUUAAAAAAUAGCAGUUGUGGGAGUACCUAAUCUGCAUUGGGUCUCCAGCACAGGAUGAAGCUAUUUCACCUACUUUGUUGGAUGCAAAGUGGAAUAAGAUCCUAGAUCCUCCUUCUCAUCGGCUGUCUUUUAACCCAGCUCUGGCCAACGUGAAUGAAUCCACAAUUCCUAAUGAGUGUCCGCAAAAGUUGAAGUCAUUCUCCCUGUCUCAGUUAGCCACUGCAUCAACAGGAGGAGGAGAUUGCUGUUCUAAUGGAAAAAAUAUUAAUAUAAGACAAGAAAGCCCAAACAUGUGGAUUGAUGAUCAGGCAGCAACAGAUGAUCAUCAGCUAGUUAAGAGAAAUAGCAAUCGAAAUGCCCUGUACAAUUUGAUGGAUGAAGAAGGAAGGAAAAAGAAACCAGAGGAAAAAAACGUUCUUGUAGUAGCAGUCAUGCAUAACUGUGACAAAAAAGGACUGCAAAGUGAUUUGUUAGAUUGUAGAAAUUACAGCAAUUCCCCCAGAAUGGAUACUGUUAGCUUUACACUGGAUAAUGAAACCCAACAAACUGAUCACAUUGAUGUUACUAUAAACGGGUCCAUUGAAAAAGAUGCAGAUACUGAAAAAGAUGCAGUACAAGCCAACAAGCUACCUGCAGAAGAAGAUUUUUUCAACCAUUGUAGUGUUGCUGCUUCUGCUUGCUUAUCCAGUAGAUAUUCUUCUCGGUUAAAGGAGAAUGAUAAUUCAAAUAAAGACCUUCAUUUCUCAGAAACUGCAGCAGCAGGGAUGAAUGUAAUUACAUUGCAGAGGCCACUUGGCCCUAGUGUUGAAAUACAGCAAAAAUCCUCAGGUGAGGGUUUUGACACUGAUGCUGUUGCUCAGCUGGAGACUAGAAACUGUUCACCUAGUUCCCGUAAUGGUGGUUUCUCCACAGAGGUUUCUGUUGCAGAACCAGCAGCCCAGCCAUUUCAGUCAGGGAUAUGUGAGGUCUCUGCAACUUGUCAGCCAAAUACGUUUGAAAGUGGUAAUCACGGUGAACGUUCUGAUGGACAUUUGGCCUCUAUGGAUGUUGGUGCUGCUGAAAAUGAAGCUGACAAACAUGAAAAAAUACUCAGCUCAACUGAAUUGCUCAGCACGACAGUUUGUUUAUCAGAAUCUCAGGAGAUGGCAAAUGGGGAACUGACUAAAGAAAAUCAGAUCAGUAAUGAGCAAACACCUGGGGAGGAUGAAACACUGUUGCAUACGGCAAAGCAGGAGGAAGUAUGUAGUAAUGGAGAUAGCAGCGAUGGCAUGACAGUAGCAAGUCAGGACUUAAAGGGAGCAUAUAUGGAUGAGUUUGAAGAUUCCAGCCCCACUGAUGUCAUGAGUACAUCGGCAUCAAGUGCUCUGCUCAAUUGUGAUUCCUAUGGAAUACAAACCCCAAUUCUUGCUCAUAUUCCAAAGACUUUACCCUCCAAGGAAGACUCAGUGACUGAGGAAAAGGAGAUAGAGGAGAGCAAAUCAGAAUGUUACAAUAAUGUUUAUGAACAAAGAGGAAAUGAGGCCACAGAGAGAAGUGGGCUCAUUUUGAACUGCACUGGUGACCAAAUUAAAAAAAAACAUUUAUAUAAUCUCUGCAGUCAGGUACCAUCUGAAACAAGUCAAGCAUCACCAAAACAAGCAGCCAGUCUGCAACCUCUUAGUGUUCCUUUUGGUGGUGCCCGACCCAAACAGCCUACAAAUCUUAAACUACAAAUUCCAAAGCCAUUAUCGGACCAUUUACAAAACGAUCUGGUUCCCCCAAACUGUGGAGGAAACAGUAAAAACAAAAAUGAUGUAUCUGGAAAAGUAAAAGUAGGUGAAAACAUAGCAGCAAAUGUAUUUUCUGAUGAAACAUCAAUGAGUGCAUCAGUCACAGAUAUUGGCGGGGAGCAUUCUGAUGAUUUUAAGUCUGGGGUUUCUAGUAGUUCGUGCCUUGCAGCAGCCUCAGAUAGUCCAGACAAUGAUCUUGGAGCUGGCCAGUUUGGAGUUCCUACAAGAAAGCCAUUUACUACUUUGGGCGAAGUGGCUCCUGUCUGGGUUCCAGAUUCUCAAGCACCAAACUGCAUGAAAUGUGAGGCCAGAUUUACAUUCACUAAAAGGCGACACCAUUGCAGAGCCUGUGGAAAGGUCUUCUGUGCAGCCUGCUGCAGUCUAAAAUGCAAACUGUUAUAUAUGGACAGAAAGGAAGCCAGAGUGUGUGUAAUUUGCCAUUCGGUCCUAAUGAAUGCACAAGCCUGGGAGAACAUGAUGAGUGCCUCAAGCCAGAGCCCUAAUCCUAAUAAUCCUGCUGAGUACUGUUCUACCAUUCCUCCCUUACAGCAAGCACAGGCUUCUGGAGCUCUGAACUCUCCACCACCUACUGUUAUGGUACCUGUGGGAGUCCUAAAGCAUCCAGGUGCAGAAGUGGCUCAGCCCAGAGAACAAAGACGCGUUUGGUUUGCUGAUGGCAUCUUACCCAAUGGGGAAGUUGCAGAUGCAGCCAAAUUGACAGUGGCUGGAACAACCUCCCCUGGAGCGCUAGCAGUGUCACAUGAUCCAAGCAAACCCAUGAGCAACAAUACUUCACCCGUAGAGACUGAAAACACACUUGCAUUUUCAAGAAGCAUUACUCAGGUUGGAAGUCCAGUUGGCAGUGCGAUGAAUCUCAUUCCAGAAGAUGGGCUUCCUCCAAUUCUUAUUUCUACUGGGGUGAAAGGAGAUUAUGCUGUAGAAGAAAAACCAUCUCAUAUAUCAGUGAUGCAGCAGUUGGAAGAUGGUGGCCCUGACCCCCUUGUGUUUGUUUUAAAUGCAAAUUUGCUGUCCAUGGUUAAAAUUGUGAACUAUGUGAACAGGAAGUGCUGGUGCUUCACUACAAAAGGAAUGCAUGCUGUAGGCCAGUCGGAAAUAGUAAUUCUUCUCCAGUGUUUACCUGAUGAGAAGUGUUUGCCCAAGGAUAUUUUCAACCACUUUGUGCAGCUUUAUAGAGAUGCUUUGGCAGGUAAUGUUGUGGGUAAUUUAGGACAUUCAUUUUUCAGUCAGAGUUUUCUCGGCAGUAAGGAGCAUGGUGGCUUCUUGUAUGUUACACCUGUGUAUCAGUCGCUGCAAGACUUGGUGCUCCCCACGCCACCAUAUUUAUUUGGAAUCCUUAUCCAGAAAUGGGAGACUCCUUGGGCCAAAGUAUUUCCCAUCCGACUGAUGUUGAGACUUGGAGCUGAAUACAGGUUGUACCCGUGCCCGCUUUUCAGUGUCAGAUUUCGUAAGCCAUUGUUUGGAGAGACUGGACACACAAUUAUGAAUCUUCUUGCAGACUUCAGAAAUUACCAGUAUACAUUGCCAGUUGUUCAGGGCUUGGUGGUUGACAUGGAAGUGAGGAAAACCAGCAUCAAAAUUCCCAGCAACAGAUACAAUGAGAUGAUGAAAGCCAUGAACAAGUCCAAUGAGCAUGUUCUAGCAGGUGGGGCGUGCUUCAAUGACAGGGCAGACUCUCAUCUCGUGUGUGUGCAGAAUGAUGAUGGGAACUAUCAGACACAGGCCAUCAGUAUUCAUAAUCAGCCGCGGAAGGUGACUGGAGCUAGCUUCUUUGUGUUCAGUGGAGCUCUAAAGUCUUCUUCAGGGUAUCUGGCAAAGUCCAGCAUUGUAGAAGAUGGAGUCAUGGUCCAGAUAACGGCUGAAAAUAUGGACUCCCUGAGGCAGGCUCUGAGGGAGAUGAAAGACUUCACUAUUGCCUGUGGUAAAGUGGAUGCUGAAGAGCCUCAAGAACAUGUGCACAUUCAGUGGGUGGAUGAUGACAAAAACUUCAACAAGGGGGUUGUAAGUCCCAUUGAUGGAAAAUCAAUGGAGUCUAUCACAAGCGUGAAAAUAUUCCAUGGCUCAGAGUAUAAAGCAAAUGGGAAGGUCAUUAGGUGGACAGAGGUUUUCUUUCUGGAAAAUGAUGACCAACACAAUGGCCUAAGUGACCCUGCUGACCAUAGCAGGCUGACUGAGAAUGUGGCCAAGGCUUUCUGCCUGGCCUUGUGCCCUCACCUGAAACUUUUGAAGGAAGACGGGAUGACCAAGCUGGGUUUACGUGUUACGCUUGAUGCUGAUCAAGUUGGCUACCAGGCUGGGAGCAAUGGGCAGCCACUGCCUGCUCAGUACAUGAAUGACCUGGACAGUGCCUUAGUUCCAGUGAUUCAUGGAGGGGCAUGCCAGCUGAGUGAGGGCCCAGUCAUAAUGGAGCUUAUUUUUUAUAUUCUGGAAAACAUCUCAUAA